GCAAUUAGCGGACAGGUGCAACGUUGGAACGGUCCUUGAAGACGAAAAUAGUAUUGCAAAGUUGUUUGUUUGGCUCUUGGCCCAUUGUAUGAAUUGGCCUGGAGGAGCUGUCGUGUCUUAUAUAUGAGGAGAUGAGGAGGGUCUAUGGCUAUCAAGCAUGCUAUUUGUUGAUUCUCUUUGUCCAUGUUGGAAAUGGACCAAAAGACUGCAUGGCUAUUGGAAAUCUCUCUAUAUAUAUGCAUGGAUGCCUUCGCCUGAGAGGAACAAAGCAAAAAAAGGGGUCAUUCGACUGUAGUAUACAUGUACCUUGCUCUAAUUAGUCAAAACCACUGCGAUAUGAAUGUAUAAAGUCUCAGCCCAACUCACCACGUCGUACUUUUAUGCCAAUGUUUGCUCUUGCUUUGAGCCGGUUUCAGGUUCCUCCCGUCCCGGUGCCACAGAUCUAACGACCUUGUGGCCUUUCCCGAGACACUGCCUAAUCGACCGAGUCUUGUUCGCCCCGAGUUGUGAGUUGUUUUUUGCUGAAUUGGCCAGCUUGGAUUCUGAGAGUUUGGCACAGCUUAUUCCAUGCUUGAUAUCAUGUCUUUAGGUAGAUCAUCAAGUACAAUUGUGCCUUGAGCAAUAUAGAAUCACAUAUUUAUACAUGAUAGGUUCAUUUGCAACACUCGCCUCGAAGCACUCGAGUAUGUCUAAUACAAUCCCAAACAAGCUUCCCGAGUGCCACCAGCUUCUCCAGCAGAAGAAAAGUAAAGGAGACUUGUGCGACUUUAUCAAUGCCACGAAGCGAACAACCACCCGUCGGGCCAAAGGUGUCGAGAUGCUGCACCUUCCCAGCAGAUAUAAUGUGCUACUCUCCGGAAACAUCGAGUCUUGUAUCAAAAUUAGCCUCUCCGUUUACUAUAGCAUACAUGCUCUACAGCCAGGCCUCUUAUUUCCGCUGAGACGUCCAAUAUCUGUGACACCUUGGCAACAAAAACACACGGUACCCUUCUUUCGUCGGCCCGGCAUGCCCCAGGCAUUGAAUACGCGACUCGUAUUCCGCCUCUCGCUUAUUUGUUGAGACAAUCUAACUUUGAUACUGUUCUUUGUUCCAAAAAUAGCCAGUCGAUAUAUAGUAUGCGGCAUUGGUACAGAAACGGCGCAAUUGCACUCGCUGUAUAGCUCGGCUAGAUAACCGCAGUUGAUAACCACACGUUCUACCAACCUUGCACCUUCAAUACCUGCCCUCCAAUAACUAACUAAAAAAGAAGCAUAACAGCCAAGCUAGAAAUAUUACAACAUAGAUCAAGACAUCCCUCAAAUAACCCACCGCAUGGAAACCACCUCACGAUCGAUCUAUCCCAACAGUGGAUCCAGUUCUAAACUAAC